AUGAAACAUGAGAUUCGUGAUAAAGAUGUGGAUGGAGGAAACGAGACUGACCUCACACUGGAGGUUUCAUCUCUGGGUGGUUCCAACAAAUGCCUGAUUUGUUUGUUUUGGCAGCUUCGGUAUGAACUUCAAGUGGACAAAACUGUGAAAGCAAUUGGUGAAAGUGAAGUCGCUGGAGCGAGCAGACCAGAGAUUCAGCUGGAUGAUCACAUAUCUUGCUACAGUUCCUCAGGUCUGACUACAAGCAAUCAAAAGUUCAAGUCCUAUCCCACCUGCUGCUCCAUCCUUAGUGAUGCACGCAAUAUUCCGUCGGGUUUAUCCCAAAACAGAGGAAUCCUCGGGCAGAACUGGGAUUCCAGGCUACCUGCCCCACUUCCUUCUGACUCCUUCAAGUAUCUUGGCUGGUGUGACAUAGAAGAACACAGUGUUCAGGGAAAUCAGCUCCACUGUCCCCGAGUGAGGGAAGGGCCCUCAGAAGAAGAGCUGUUUUUCAGAAAAGAAGAACAUACUUUGAAAAAAAGAAAACAAGUAACUGACACAGAGAAAUGGGAAAAGAGACUGCAAGAGAACUGGGAAAACUGUGCUGAGUUGAACCUUUCAUUCCAGGACCUGGGUGAUCUUUACCAGGUGGAAAACUUCAAAAGAAUCCUCAGAAGAUUAAUUCGGGUGGAAAAGCUUUGGUUGGUGGACAAUUCUUUGACAGACCUAAGUGCCAUAAGGUUGCCAAGAUGCAGGGAGCUAAAUGUAAAUAAAAACCACUUUACAUCCUUCAAACAGCUGCCAAAGAUCCCUCAGAUUCAGCACUUAUCUCUCGCUGAAAAUAACAUCGCGACCCUAAGUGGGAUAUCAGACUUCAGAUCCACUCCACUCGAAUCCCUCGUACUCAAGAGGAAUCCCUGUGAGUUCCAAGAAAGAUACAGACAACUUGUAUUCUCCAAUUUGCCAAACCUGAAAAUACUGGAUGGUAUCCCAAAACUGCCAGAGGACUGUUCCCCCCCCGAUGUCAGGUUUUUUUACAGGAUGUGUACUAUACUCUAGCACUGUAUUUGUGUAGGAUCACAACUGUGCUACAACCACCUUGCUUAAAAGACAUAAUAAAUCCUGCUUAUGGAA